AUGGGCGCUUCAUAUUGCUGGAAUUUGCCGAUGCUGCGCCGAAUUACAAGAGCUGCGAUUGGCCGGCCGGCGCUGGUGGCCGCUGGCAGCCACUACCUCUAUACCAAGUUAGCCGUCUCUCUCCCCUCCCAUGGCCGCAUCCAUGCUUUGCCCUCCAUCUCCCGCCGCCGUCGCACCCGAUCCUCGCCGCCCAAGAAAAACGUCCCUCGCCUCCUCCACUCACCAGCCAUGAUGCAGUCACCUCCAGCCGCUGCCUCGAUGCCCUCGCCCGUGUCGCAGCAGCCCAUGGGCUCGCCCACCCUCAAGUCGCGCAAGAAGCGCUCUCCCUAUGUGGCCAUUGCUUGGUAUUGUGUAUGUGAAUACUUGCAUUGCUCGCCUGCACAAGACCACGCACGGCGCAUCAAAAGUCGCAUCGCUAACAUAGUCGCCCAACAGAACAUGCAAGCAAAGAAAGACAAAAUGCAGCGGCGAACGGCCCUGCAAGAGGUGUCGCGACAGCGACAUCAUGUGUGUCUAUGGUCGCGCGACACGCUUCCAGUCCACAGAGGAGACCUCUCCUCCAAUGAAGCUCACAAGCCCCCCCGCGAACGAGACUCAUUCCGCGUCAAGAAGCCGCCCUCCGCCGCGCCGCCGCCGCCGCACAUACAAAACAGCGCCGAGUCGAGCGCCCAAACCCGCCACGGCAGCUCCGACUAUUACCUCCGCCUCGCCGAGAAGCGCCUCGGCGACCUCAGCCCCGGCCCGGGCCGCUCGCUCUUUGGCAGCGGCCGCCAGCAGCAGCUCAUGAUUGGCUCCCACAUUAUGCAACAGCUCAUCGACCACCGUAAGACAACCGCUGGCGCCGCCUUGGGUACCUUUGCGCCGCUCGACAAGGAGCUCUGGAUACGUAUUAUAGAUAUUUAUGAGGAGGAGGUGGCCUUGCAGUACCCCUUCCUCGACCUUGAGACCCUGCGGCACCGUAUCCGCGCCUCAGCCCCGCCCAGCGAGACCAACCCCGUGCCCGACGACCAAGGCGGCAUUGAGGACAUCAUGUCCCUGGUUCUCUCCGUCGCCUCUAGUAUCGUCGACCCCGGAACCCUGCCUGUCGCCAAUAGUUUUGUCGAGGGCUUGUUUAGCCGCGCCAUGCUGCGAACACAGCUGGGCGCAGUCAACAAGACGGACUUGUCCAUAAUCAUACUUGCCAGUAUCUUCUUCUUCCUGAACGACAAGGAGAUGUUGGCUUGGAGAGCCAUUGGCAAUGUGCUCCGCUCAUUACACGAAAUCAUUGCCCAAAAUACCGAAGAUGCGCCCAACUCAACGACGCUGGACCAGCUCAAGGACGUGGGCGAAAAGUUUUACUGGUCUGUAUACACUCUCGACCGACGCUGGGGAUUUGGCACAGGUCUGCCGUUUUCCGUCCACGACUCGGACAUUCAUCGCCAACCACACUUUAAAGACGACUCGCUCUCCUCCACCUAUCUUCGACAGAUGAUAGAGUAUAGCAUCAUCUCCGCCGACGUCCGUCGCUCCAUCCUCCAACCCUCUUCGUCCCCCACCGCCACCGUUACCGCCCUUGCCGCCACGCGCAACCUGCUCGACUUUCAAGUCACCCAGUUUUCCAAAAACAUACCCAGGCGGUUGCAGUUCCGCGGCUUACAGGACAAAUUCGACCCCGCACGUGAGAAGCGCGGCGAGUACCGGCUACGGCUCGUGCUCUACCUGCGCUGCAACCAGAUGCGCAUCGUCAUUCACCGCAAGUCGGCCAUGUCGCUCGGCGGCAGCGGCGGCGGGCCCUUUGACACGUCCACCACAAAUGUGCUCGCCGAGACGUCGCAGGAUACGAUUCGCGUGCUCAUUGCGCUCGCUCGCGAGACGGACAUCUACCACGCUCAGCAGCGCACCUUUAACCACUUUCUCGAGACGGCCCUUGCCUCUCUCUUACUGCUCCUCUGCUAUGCCGAAGCCGAGUACCGCGUCGGCUACCUGCCCGACGUGCUCGCCGCCAUGGAGCUCGUCCAGCACCUCUCGGUCCACUCACCCGUCACCCGCGCCCUCAAGCAGAAGCUGCACCGCGUCCAGCACAUGAUCAAAUCCUUUCGCGUCUCCAACCACACCUCGGCCCAGCACUCGCCCCGCGCCAACUCGGCCGCCCCUGAGCAUCACCACCCGUUUACCACCGACGUGGUCGGCACACCGCCCACAACACUACCCAUGCCGCUCGCACCCGUCCUCAAUGACCAGCAGACUGUAUUUCCACCCGCCGCGGCGCUUGCUGAAAUGGCCAUGGGCGGUGGUGCGGACGCGGGGCCGUUUACGCCAGGCGUGCAGACCAACAACUUUCAAAUCAGCCAGAUGAAUACGCCGCAGCCGUACGACGACGGCAGCUUCACUGGUGGAGGUGGUGUCCCGGGUAGUAUGCACUCGCAGCAGUCGGCGAGUGACUCGACGUCCAUGAUGGACCUGGUUGCGUCGCAUGAUUUGAGUGAUUUGCCUAAUGACUUUUUCACCUCGCAGUUUACGGAUCUGAGCGACAUUCUCAAAGACUAUGACAAUUUUCGAUUCUGA